AUGAAGCUUCUCGCUAUCUUCCCUCUUAUCCUCGUCUCGAUGAUCUCUCCGUUGCUGGUCAACGGUCACCAUCAGAACGACUCAAAAGGAGUCGGUCAAGCCGCUGGACACACCAAAGAAGCAGCGCCCGACUCUCGACCUUCAUGGCAGAACCAUUCCCCUCAACAAGAACAAGAGUGGGCUCCCGAUCAUCAUCAACAGCAAGAGUGGGUGAACGAUCACCAUCAGCCAAAGGGCGCUGUGGAUUCUGUUAGGAAUGCGUAUGAUAAUCUGCAAUUUAAGAUUAAGAGGGGCGGGGUUAAGGGUGGGCCUAAGGGUGGUAGUAAACCGCAUAGUGGGCCUAAGAAACCUACCAAAGCUCGAGGCGGGAGGAAGUCCGUGAAGCCGAAGAAGUCUAUUGUCAAGCCCGCUUUCGGCGCAAAGGACAGCGGGGCCCAGGCUGGAAGCGUACAGACACAAGGGCGAGUUGAUGACCAGCCAAUCAGUGCACGCCAGUUCCUCGACGCACUCGAGGACUACCUUGUCGCGCGUCAAACUUCGAAUUCCCCAGGCGGGCGGCAUCAUGAUAGGAGGAGGAAGUCGAUGGUGAAGCCUGCGUUUCAUGCUUCCGUUGCGAGACCUGGUAUUCCGGUCUCUGCGCGAGGUUUGGAUGCUAGUGGGCGUUUGGUACCACGGCCCUUGCUCACCUUGAAGAAAGAGUUCAGAUCUAGGCAUAGGGAAUUUUGA